GCUAUCAAAACUAGUUCCAAGUAACUCUUUAGCCUGGUGAGAUCAUAAAAGGCAGGAGUGAUGCUUGAGGUGGAGUCCUUAGAUUUGAAGUUGUACGGAAGAACUAGCUAGGACUGUUGUUUAGUCCCAAUUUAACUUGAACCAUUUGAAUGCAAGAACUUACGCCGAAACCCGUGUUUCAUCACCAUGAAAAUCGUAAACGCUAAGGGGAUAGUUCGCUAUGCGAUGUCAGGAGGUCCACCGGAAAAAGAAGGAUUUCUGUUAAAAAGAGGUGAUCUCAAUCGUGGCUUCCAGCGCAGAUGGUUUGUGCUGAAAGGAAAUCUGCUUUUUUAUUACGAAAAGCGAACAGAUAAAGAGCCCGUUGGUAUGAUCAUAUUGGAGGGUUGCACAAUCGAAUUAGCAGAGUGUGAAGACGUGGACAACUACGCUUUUCAGAUAAGUUUUUCUGGUUCGGGGACAAGAACUUAUGUUCUUUGUGCUGACUCACAAGAUGCAAUGGAGGCGUGGAUGAAGGCUUUGUCCUGUGCACCUUAUGAAUACAUCAGGUUGGUUGUGGCAGAGCUAGAAAACCAACUAGAAGAGCUCUCAUCCACAGAGAAUGCAAGGAUCGUGCAGGCAGCAGAGAGAGACAGUCGCAUCCUGAGCCAGAUGUAUGCAGAAGACUCUGCAUCGGGCAAGAAACAUCCGCGAUCUGCCCAAUCCUAUCAAGGAGACAGAGUGAACCCAUUCAAUGACCUCGCUGAAUCAACGGGUAAUCUUUGUGCUUUCAAAGGAAGGCCAUCUUCAUCAAGCCAGUGGUUUGGUGUUGCCACAUGGCAGGGUCUUGGUGUUUCCAAUUUCCAUGGAAUGCAUGAGCAGAUGCGACAGCAGAUUAAGGAAUUGGGAUUAAAAACAAAACAUACAUCAAAUUAGCCAUUAAGUAACCCUUGAAUUAUUUUCUUAGAUACUAUAAUUUUUGGGGCUUUGCUUGUUUUUCAGACCACAUUUUGACUGUUUAAUCAUAAUCAGUUAUCUUUACCUGGCCAGUGAAUAAAUGCAAGUAUUUGCUGAUGUCUAAGGCCAAAUCAUAGACUCUUGUACUCCUGUCCUUUACCCCCACCUAUAUAUAAUCGUUAAUAUCUGAAUAAAAUAUAUUCCUGUUUGUGGGAAUGAGUGGUAGAGCUUUCAUUAGUAGAAAAUAGUUGUUCAUCAAACAUCUUUGAAUAUUUUUUUUUCUCAUCUACCUCAUCAAAUAUAAGUGACUUUCUAUGUUCACUAGAAAUAUUUAAUUUAGAUGGAACAUUGUAAACACAAAAAGCUUGCCUCAUUAAGGUAGUGUUUGUCACACCCAAGCCAUGGAAAAGUCACUUUGGUGUAUAUGUGCCAUAUUUCAUUUUUGUAAUUAAACUACUCCCUUCUAGCAGUUCAUCAUAUCACAUCUGCAUAACUGGCCCCAGUUAAUACGUACAUUUUGCACUAUUUUCUUUCUUUGCUAAUUACUAUUACCACUUUAUCUCCAUUGGCUGUGACUAUUAUUUCAUCUCAGAAUGACACCUGUUUGCACAAAGAGCAGUUCUAAAUAAUGCAUCUGCAGCAUGGAAUAAGUGCCAUAGUAAUGGCAGUGAAAAUUAGUCUUAAUCUCUCAUUUUUCUAUCAUGAUGAUUUAUGGUGGGCAUUUUUAGUGAAAACCGUACAAUUGUUUUUUAAUAUUUUAGAUAUUUGGAAUAGAAUCAAGGGUAUAAUCUUACAGUGUAAAUGUACUGUAGAAAAAUGAAAAAUACAACAGUUCAUUGACUUUGUUUAUAUUAAGGCUGUAGCUAGUCUUAGAAAUGGAACCAUACCUUAUUUAGUUUAUUUUUAACAUGAAUGACAUUACAGCUGUGACAUUAUAUUGUUUUGUUUCCUUUCUUAGGCUACACUUGAUUGUAGUACUACCAAAUGUGUAUUAACAGAACUUAACAUGCAUAUUGAAGGUAGCAGGUUUACCCAGAUAGCAUUAGCUGCUGUCUCUGUGAAAGGAAGCAGGUGUAUGCUUUUGUAAUAACUGAAGGUUUUUAUAGAUAGCAUUAAAAUUAGCUACAUGUCUGUCGAUGGUAGCAGAUUUAUACAGAUAUCUAAGCUAGUGUCAUCACUAAGGUUUGUACAGGUAGCAUUAUCCACUCGUCUGUUGAUGGCAGCAGGUUUAUACAGACAGCAUUAGCAGCCUUCAUCAUCACUGAAGGUUUAUGAAGAUAGCAUUAGCUAUCUGUUUCAUCCCUUACACAUUGGUUACAUUAUCCUGGUAGCUUUAUAUUCUAUGUCUGGUGUGGAACAUAAAAUCGUGGUAAUGUUCAGGCAUAAAUUACCUUCACAUUAUCAUUUUUCGUCAAAGACUGAAAUUUAUGGAAUUUCAAUAAAUCUGCUGAGGUUAUGCAUGGUUAGGUCUGAGUGCCGUGUGUGUUUUUCUUAGGAAAAGGGUUUCUGCUGUGGGCUGUACUCUAGUAUCAUCAUUUACACAACAAUCAGAACUGGCUGCUUUGUGUGCUAUUCAUAAGGUAAAUGUCACAACUGUGGCCUGUACCCUAGUAUCACCAUCCCCAAUAGUCAGUGGUCAUCAGUGUCUCCCCAGUCCACACUCUGUAACUUGGGCUGGCCCUCUUUUAUUAGUCUCAUCAUUAUGGUUGGCAUAAUGUUUUGGGCUGUUGCUGUCCCUCUCGUUAUAACUGAUUGGCAUAAUGACGAUGAAAUGUCUUAUUUGCUGUCUAAUUUUCUUGACCUAUUAAUAUGCUGCCUUAGUUGAUGUUUUCAGCAAUUUUUAUUUCAGAAGUUUGGUAAAAGAUGGCUGUUUAUUUUCAUCACCAUCAUUUGAAAGUUUAUUUUGUUUGUGGCAUAGUUUUUGUGUUCAUGUUGUCAUACUGUGGAUCAUUUGACUUUUUAAUGUUUAGUAAGCUCAAGGACAGCACUAGUAAUUUUCCUUUGAGUUUUGUGCUGCCGGCUUGAAAACCAAGCAUAGGGAUCUCUGACAAUUACAUUUUCACUUCCUGCUUACAGUGCAAGUCAAUUUUUGUAUCUGAUUCAGUUUCCUUCACUGGAGUGCAAAAGACAGCAUCCUGCAAUGAAAAGGACUUUUUUCUUCCGUGUGUGUGUGUGUGUGAGAGAGAGAGAGAAAGUGCACAUGUGUUGCCUUUAUGUGUGUGAGUCAACAAAAAAGUGACAAGGGAGAUUUAGUUGCCAUAUCAAAAUGAUAAAAUACUGAAAUGUGCACAGGAGUGCUAGUGCUAUGUCAGUAUAAGGCGAUAGUCAUUUGAUACCUGAUGCUGGUCUGUUAACAUGUUACUAGUCUUUCGGUAUGAUGCUGAUCUGUCAGCAUGUAGUCCUGGUCUGUCAGCAUGUGUAGUAGUUGGUAGUGUUGGUCUGUCCAGUAUACAGUACUGGUCUUUUGGAUAUGUUUUUGAUCUGUCAGUAUGCAGUGCUGGCCUGUUGGUAUGUAGUGUUGGUCUGUCAGUAUGCAGUGCUGGUCAGUCCAAGUCUCAGUUUUAAUCAUAAAACUUUCUUCUUCCAGACUUUCUUUCCUCUGGCGUUUAGGAGUCAAACGACCUUGUAUACAGUUGUGCCCUCCCCCCUCCAAAAAAAAAAAUGUGCAUUUUUUCUAAUUUUAUGGUAGGUAAGCAGUUGUGGGAGUACACUUUAGUGAUCAUUUGCAAAUUAUGUAUAAAUUCUAUUUUUUGUAAAGAAGGGGAAUUCAAUAUUGACUGUUUUUCUUAGUAGUGUUUGGCUUCGAGCUUAGUAGAAAGUUCAUGCUGAUGAUGUUAUAAUAAUUUGCAUAUUAGAUUAUUAUAUUUUGCAUAAUUUUACAUUCUAGAUUUAACAAAAUAUAUUGGGACAUUUUAUGACAAUGUUUACUUGUCAUUAGCAUUGUAAUGAGAUGACAGUGUCACUGGCAAUGUUGUCCCGGCUGACAACUUUAGUCGUUUUGCAUAAGAAGCGAUCUCACUUUGGACUGUUCUGUAUGAUUCUGUUUUUACUUGACUUCGAAGAUUUGUGUGGCAUCUGGUCCUGUUAAAUAAUUCAAGGCACUGUUGAGGUGUAUAUUUUUAUUAUAUCACCUAGAGUGUACAGCUAAAGUGAUCUAAAUCAACACAUGUACACUGACAAAUAGUGGACAUCGGGCUUUCUAUAGUGAAGCAUUCUAUGUCUAUUCAAAUAAACUGGACACAACACAUUCUUGACAUGUCAAUCUACCAGACUGUACAUGUAUUAUUUGAUGUGUAGACUUUUAGGGUGUAGCAAGCUUUCCCUCAAAUUCCAGCUAUAUGGGUAGGAAGAGCACACUUUGGUUAUCUCUGUGACUGAUAGCCACAGGAUAGUCAUGGUAACAUCUUUCUUGAAAUGAUUACAGCAGCAGGUAAGCUGUCUUACAAAUACUAAAUUAGUGGUUUUACUUUGUGAGAUGGGUGGUGUGUCACUCAGGAGCACUGCAGUCUAAGGGCAGUAUGCCGCUGACUACAGAAGCACACUUUGAUUGUGUGGUUUUCUUUUGUCCUGGCAAAUUUUACUGCUAUUGGUUAUCAUCAUUGCUAUCAAUGUCAUUUCAUGUGCAAUGUCUUCGCUGUAAGACUAGCCAGCCUGUAACAACUGUAAUGCAUUUUGACAAGCGGUGUGUUCAAAUUUUAACUUAUAGGGUUGUGAUUAGUUCUGUUAUAUAGGUUGUUCAGCAUUGUGAUUUGAUUCUAACCAUUAAUGCUUUGCCAGUAGUGAUUGCAUUUUAUAACAGUUGCAUCAGAUGUGUGCUUUGAUAUGGCAUAAUGCUAUCUGUUAUGUGCCUGCCUCUAGCAACACCUAUUCUGUGUACAUCUACAAGAUCUAAAGGAACAAGUGCAGUAUUGAAAACACUGCCUCCAUUAUCCAUUGAUACAGCAUUAACUUGUUUUCAAGCAUUAUAUGUAUGACAUUGACACUUGUUUUACUGGUUUCCACACAGUGACCAUAUUAUUGAGAUGUGUUUUGAGAAAGUGCACACAAGUAAGCGUUCUUCUAGGGUGUUUGAGGCAGGGCCCUAUGUGCAGUGUGCUAUGACAGACUUGAUGUCAGUUCACGUGAUGCUGUUACACUGUUGGUCUGUAUGCACAUGCCACUGCCACAGAGCUUGUGCCACACUGGUAGUGAUUUGCAGGCCAGUGAAAGCUUGUAAUGGCAUUAUGUUCACAUCUGUAACUUCUGUCCAUAGCUUGUCAAACUUGCCGUGUUCAGUAGCGAGAUUUCACAUGAAAAAUAGGGCAUCAGAUCUCUUGCACCCAAGAUAGUGUAAAAAUUGUGGGCUUUUACACUGCAAGAAUAGAAACAGUUAUGUUUUCAUCAAUAAUUUAUUAGUGCUGAGGUGUUUUUAAUGAAUUGAGGGGGUCACUUUUUAAUUUGUGGAUUUUUGUGGUUUGUGUCUGACAUUGGAGUUUCCAAAGCAUUGUGAUAUUGUCUGUUUCUGCUUCACUUCUUACUAGCAAUUUGCUUAUUGACUUUGAUUGUUAGCAUGUCAGUUAACAUGCUGGCUAACCUAGUUGCAUUCAAUAUUAGUGUUAUUAACAUACCUGGCACCGACACAUUAGUUUUGUUUGCAUCUCUUGUUUUUAGUAUUACCAGUGUUGUUAACAUACCUGGCACCUGACACAUCAGUUUUGUUUGCAGCUUGUGUAUUCAAUAUCAUCAGUGUUAUUAACAUACCUGGCAUCUGCAUCUCUUUAGUUUGGGAGUAGCCUUGGUUAACAAAGGUUAGAUUGAAAAGUUCCAUUUUAACUCCUGUUCAGAAAUUCGUGUGGUCACCUUUAGACAGCUACAGCAACAAGCCAGGACAAGUGGAUCAUGUUUUCGUUCUUAAAGCACAUGGAAAAAACCCAGGCUAAGGCUGACAUCUUGUAAUUCUCUUCUUCAAUAUUGAACAAGCUGUUCUCAGCAUGGUUGUUUUCACUCUGCUCUAUCUCUAAACCCCCCCCCCUCUUUUUCUAGAGGGAGUGAAGAUAAAGUUUAUAUUGAAGACCUGCUUAUAGUAGACAUCUUCCAGUCAAAAGUGGCAGUUAAUGGUUGCAAAUUGCUUUCCUCCACUAUUUUUUUACUCCUGCUAUUUCUACGCCUUUAUUAUUUUGAAAUUGGGGCUAGGCAGGACUACUGACUAAAGAAGCUGCAUAGCUGUACAGGGUUACAGCAUGCAGGAGCAGGUAUGCUUGUCAUCCUUUAGUGACUGAGGCGAGAGCAUCUAAGUCAAUGUACAGGGGCUGUGGAGAGGUGUGUAGCUCUAUCAUAUAGAAUUACCAAGAUUAUUCGACUAGCCAAAUAACCUAUGUCUAUGUACAGAGGCUGGGGAGAGGUGUGCAACUCAAUCAUAUAGCAGAAUUACCAAAAUUACGAAGCUACCUGAAUUAUUUCUUUGCACAAGGGCUGGGAAGAGGUGUGUAGCUUUAUCAAUCAUAUAGAAUUACCAAGAUUAUGGAACUACCCAAACAACCUAUUUCUAUGUACAGGAGUUGGAGUGAAGUGUGUAGCUGUAUCAAAUCUUCACUUAAUGUUUCACAUCAUUCAAUGAGAAAAUAAAAUUAAUUCCUGGCUGUGUCUGUGUGAACUUUGCACAUUCCUCCCUUUUCUGGGUGACUUUUCUCUGAGUACUCAAGUUUCUUCCCCCAUAUUUUGAGUCUUUAUUUGGAAGUUAGGUGAAAUUUUGUGACCAGAAAUAAACUGUAGGAACUUAGCUCAUGUUUGCAUGUAUAUCAAAUAGCUUAGUAAAACUGAUUUCAUUAAACAUGCUUUUUUCUUAAAGUAACAGUUUUUAAGAACCUAGAGAUGUUAAGUGAGGACUUGCUGUAUUUCUCUCUCUGCAGAGAGACUGGAACAAAGUUGUAGCCAUUAUAAGUUUUGAGGCAUUACAAGGCUAUAGACUAGCCUUCCAUGUCUGGCACCUUUUUUAUGCACAUUUGCAUGUAUCCAUGGUUAUGAAUAAUUUUAAUAAGUAGAUAAAGUCUAUAUACUAGUUUUGGUUUUGGUCCUUUCUCCCUAAGUUUACACAUAUCAAAUGUACCAGUAAAAUUGUUCUUAAGCUCAGAACAUUUGUGAUUCUUGCUAACACACUUUAACAAAAAAUGUAAUCACCAAGUGUCUGCACCUUUUACCCAUGGGUAUCAUUGGUUGCUAGCAGGCAAUAAGUGAGCACUAUGUGGGAUAAAGUGAGAUGAGCUUGU